GAUAUUUGGAAAUUGGAUCAAAUUUAUAGGUGCGUCAUCCAUUGAUAAAGUAUUUGAAAAAAUAAAAAAUUGGGCCAAGUCAGGGAGGAAAAUAGGCUGGGUCCAAUUAUUGGGUGUACGUGUUCCUUAAUCUAGUCCACUAGUUGUACUAGUUCCUUUCAGGCUCUUUAGCAAGGCUUGGAGUUGUUCAGGCAACAAGUUGUGACGCCACCGAAUCGCCGCCGGGGUAACCCAAUAAAAUUAUAAAAGGCCGCAGGCAGCACUCCUAUUCCUUCUCUAAAACCGUUCUCUUUCUUUUUCCCUUUCAAUUGGUGCAUCAUCACUGAAGCUUCUUCUAUUCAAUCGAUUGUUACUGAGACCAAAAAGAUAGGCGAUUAUGGAUUUAGACGGCGGCAACAGACGCGUCUUCAACCGACUCGGAUCUCCAUCUGCCGCCCCAACAGACUCCUCCAAACACCAGAAAGUUUGUUACCAUUGGCGGGCCGGUAAGUGUACCCGUUUCCCAUGCCCUUUCUUGCACAGCGAACUGCCUCAUUCUUCGGGCCCCAUUACCGCUAACGGAUCGGGUGCCCCCAAACGUUUCGCCGAUGAUUCUGGAUUCUCGGGCCCGGCCCCAAGACGAGGCCCGAACUUCAAUAAUAAUCAUAAUAAUAGCUGGGGGAGAAUGGGGCCUAAUAAAGUGGUUAGAAAAACGGAGAAAAUUUGUAAUUAUUGGGUGCAAGGGAACUGUAAUUACGGAGAUAAGUGUAGGUUCUUACAUUCUUGGAGUUUAGGGGAAAGUUUUACCAUGUUGAAUCACCUUGAUGGGCACCAAAAAGUUGUUAGUGGAAUUGCAUUGCCAGCGGGUAUGGAUAAACUCUAUACCGGGAGUAAAGAUGAGACUGUGAGAGCUUGGGAUACCAACUCUGGUCAGUGUAUGGGUGUGAUUCCUCUUAGUGGUGAAGUGGGUUGCAUGAUCAGUGAAGGUCCUUGGCUGUUUGUUGGUAUACCGAAUAUUGUCAAGGCAUGGAACACCCAAACUAACCUAGAGCUGAGUCUUAGCGGACCUGUUGGGCAAGUUUAUGCUAUGGUUGUGGGUAAUGAUUUGCUCUUCGCUGGUACACAGAAUGGGACCAUAUUGGCAUGGAAAUUUAAUGCCGUCACCAACAACUUCGAGCCAGCAGUAUCACUUAAAGGUCAUACCCUUGCAGUUGUAUCAUUAGUUGUUGGAGCUAAUAGACUAUACUCUGGUUCAAUGGACCAUUCUAUAAAGGUCUGGAGUCUGGAAACUUUGCAAUGUCUACAGACUCUGACAGAGCACACUAAUGUUGUUAUGUCCUUGCUAUGCUGGGAACAAUUUCUUUUAUCUUGUUCAUUGGACCAAACAAUAAAGGUGUGGGUAGCUACUGAAAAUGGAAACUUGCAAGUAACAUACACUCACAAUGAAGAUCCUGGUCUGCUUAAUCUUCGUGGAAUGCAUGACUCAGAGUCCAAGCCUGUCUUGCUGUGCGCAUGCAAUGACAAUUCUGUCCGGCUCUACGAUCUGCCCUCGUUCUCCGAGAGGGGUAAAAUUUUUGCCAAGGAGGAGAUUCGUGCCAUUGAGGUAGGCCCUGGUGGCCUUUUUUUCACCGGCGAUGGAACUGGUUUUAGAGUGUGGAAGUUGGCAGAACCAAUUGCGACGUCCUGAUGCUUUGCAUCAUUUUAUAACAAUAUUCAUCAUUAGGGUUUUUUUUUUUUUGGUUAAUUGUUUUAUUUUUUUUCAUCUUUUUGGCAGCUUUUUAAGUUUGCUGUAGAAAUUACAAGUUAACAGAACAAUUUUGUUCCUGGUGGAAUGUUUAGUAGCACCAAGCCCUUCGCCUUGGUGUGUGCCAUAAGUUAAUAUAAAGAACGCUUAAUAACGAAUAAACUCUAGCAGUCAGACGAUUCAAUAUCCGUUGGAGAUAAUUAGUUGUAAUGUGCCAAAUUGAAUUGGUAUUUUUAGAGGAUGUUGUCUUCCUCACGUAAUUGUUCAUCAAAUGCCUCCAAUAUCUCAUGUGAAAAAAUUGCAAAACAAAAAAUUUACUAGACGUAUAUAGCCAUAGGUUUUUAAAAAGUCCAUUUUCUUAUACAUACCUUCUACUUUUCAUAUGCCACAAUUUUGUUAGAAUACUUUUCCCCCAAUUCAUCUGAAAUGUUCACAUACAUACAAGCAGUAUCGAAGUCACAGAUUAAACAUAACCUUAAUGGCAUUGCCACCACCGAUCGCUGGUUUCUAAAACGUCUUCCACCUCUCUCUGAGAAAACCCAAACCUGUGGGUUAUGAGAGGCUUCACAUCAAUCUUACCGCUUAUUCUAAACUCAAGGCACAAAGGCAGUGUGUUCUUUUACCGGAAGAUUCCAAUAACAUCAACCUUCCUGCAUUUAAACCAUCAUCAUCCAACGAGUGGUGAAGGCACAAAAUAGCAAAGACUCCUGAAAUCAUAGGUUUAAUCUCUACAAAUCACUGUAACACUUUGAUGCAAUUUUCAUUUGUGAGUACUAGGUUCCAACAAUUCACUGUCUAAUUCCCCGACAAUGGAUCACAACUAAACCAUACGUAAUGCUAUAACCAAAAUUUUCAAAUGAGUUAAAUAAAUCAUUAAAAUAAGUAA